GGAUCCAUGCCCAUACAGUAGAUGGCAGUAUGACCGAUCCAGGCUUGGUGUGUUACUUCCUUUCAGCUCUGAGCCAGAAGAAGACAGCAAGCAAGCGUAGACAAUCCUGAGAUUCUUGUUUGGGAUAUUUGAUCCCCUUAUUAUACAUCUAUGACAGCUCCUGUCAUAACAACCAAGGAGAAUGGCCAAUAAGAAGAAAGUAAUAGUAACAGGUUUUGAACCUUUUGGUGAGCAUGCAGUGAACUCCAGCUGGGUGGCAGUACAGGAACUGGAGCGAUUAGGGCUGGGUGAAGAAGUAGACCUUCAUGUGCGUGAGGUGCCUGUUGAAUACCAGGCUGUUCAGAGCCUACUGCCCUCUCUGUGGAAAGACCCCCAGCCACAGUUAGUGGUCCAUGUCGGUGUUUCUGGGUUAGCCACCACUGUCACUCUGGAGCAGUGUGGCCACAACAAGGGUUACAAACGCCUGGACAACUGUAGCUUUUGUCCAGCCUCCCAGUGCUGCAUGGAGAAUGGUCCCGACUGCAUACAAUCAGUCCUGGACAUGGACGCAGUCUGCAAAAGGGUUAAUGACUCUGGCCUCGGGGUCACUCUUUCUGUGUCUAAAGAUGCUGGAAGGUAUCUGUGUGACUACACCUAUUAUACAUCUCUGUACCUGGGGCAGGGUCACUCUGCUUUCAUACAUGUGCCUCCACUUGGAAAACCCUACAGCAGCCAGGACCUGGGUAGAGCUCUACAGGCUGCCAUACAAGAGAUGCUGAAUCUGCUUGAACUGGAUCCCAAACACAAUAAGCACUGUGAUCACGAGCAUCAACACCAGCAUGACCACUAACGACUGACUCACAAACCUGAGCAGACUCGAAUAACUCGAUUAGAAUAAAUUCAACAAAAUGGACCACUAGCUUUACUACAGGGAUUUGCCUCAGGUCUGACUUCUGAGGCAAAUAAAAUGAUAAUCAAUUUAGUUGUGUGGCACAAAAGAUUUAAAAAAAUGUGACUAUGACUUAAGAUGGUCAACCAUUAGUUUGAAGAACAGGAACUCACGUUUGAUGCUUUUGAUUGUAAUAUCAGGGCCAAGGUAUUGUAUCUCCAACUCUGACUGCUAGACUUGGUCUGAGUGUUUGGGUGUGUGAGUGUUAGCCAUGUCUCUACAAUCCUAAAUCUGAUCUAAGACUGUGAAAAUAGAUGUCAACUUAACAUUAUAUAUUAACAUUGUAUCAUGUGAAAAGUGAGCUGUAUUACCAGUAGUACUAACAGUGUAGUAGCUGAAACUACAAAUGGUGUUUGGGGGCACACUGUGGGAUAGUUUAUGGUUACACUAACUUAGAUUACCCUCACCUUUUAAAGCCAUAUACCUCUCCUGUCCCCCUGUGAGUCUGUCCUCUCACUGUUUGAAGUCCUCUUGGUAUGAUUUCUUGUAAUUAUGAUGUCAUUCCCUUGCUUGUAUUUGCACCAGAGAAAUGUGAUAAUGACGGGAACCUGAACACUUAUAAUGAUUUGUUUAUCUCAGGGAAUAUGUUGCACAUGCAAUCAAUAUUAAGUAAUGUGAUACAUUUAAUGUGUCUGUUCUAUCUAUGUAGUGCAGCUGUGCGAGGCAAAGCCGGCUUAAAGCUGUGUUAAUUAAAACAUUUCACACAG